UCGUUCGAUUCCUUGUCACAGAUCUUCUCUUCCCUUCAACGUUUCUUAUCACAGAUUUUUUAUUCAAAAAUAUUCGAUUUUCCUUCAACAUAUCUCCCUUUUUUGUUCCAUUCAUUCAAAAAAACUCUUCCUAUGACAUCUUUGCAUUCCAACCACGGAUCUCAUCUUUUGUUCCACACUUUUUUUAUUGGAAAAUGUUUCCAUCAAUUUUCCUUCAACAGAUCUGACUCGUUCUUUACAACCACAGAUCUCAUUCCUUUUCACAUAUGAAGAUGGAAAGCGAUUAAAGAAUCAACGCGUUGCCUUCCUUCCCUUCAAGGCCAAUCAGAUCUGCCACAAUGAAUUUUAGGUGAAAUACAGAAAAGCAGGUGUAAGGAAAGGAAGAUAUGUUGUGAUUCAUGGGAUACAAUCAGACUCAAAGGCGUCAAUGGAGUCUAGGGGUGAUUCUUUUCUGAUAGCUUGCUAACCCUUGAAGUGUGGACUGAAAUUUCAGAUGCUGUAAGGUAUGAAUUGUUUCCCUCAAAAAUAGAUCUUGUCUUAUGCAUGCCAUCCAUUAAUUUCUGAUGACAAAAUAACAAUGGUCAUAACAUAAGUUACAGUAAUGUCAGCGAUAGAAGUUGUGGCAUUGGUAAUUGCAUACUGAAGACAAUGUGUACAAUAGUUAUCAAUGACACCAUCUUAUUCAUUCAUAACCCAAAAUAUACUCUUAAGUCUAAUUAACACACACCCAUGAUGCCCAGGGUAAGACGUCUUGAACGUGAUCUAAGUGGCUGAUAGCAAGUGCGAAAUGGAACUUGGAUAGACCCUAAUACCACCUUAAAAUUUGGGUUGAGCCUAACUCAACCCUAUAAAAUUGGUUUGUAAGGUAAGUAAGGGAUGCUUCCCACUUAUAAAUACAUUUUCAGGUCAUAUCUCAUUCAAUGUGGGUCUCUUAAUAAUUAAUAAAAUUGACCCCCUAAACUCCAAUCAUACUGUUGCAACAGAAGCACCUUGACAAGUGCAUUAUAGCAGUAUAGAUAAUGGAAACGGUGCAAGAAAUCAUCAACAAAAAGCUAGGAAUCAGUAGUAUUGAUCCUUUAGAAACGACAAACAUUGAAUUGAAACCUACUCAGAUUGAAUUGUAGGGAGAGGUAAGAUAAAAAUUCCAAACAUGAAAUUCAACUGUGUUCUGUGUACCAUUAAACUGAAACUAACAUGCCUUGCAAUGUGAUAGACGCGUAGUUAAUUCUAUCAUAAAUCAUAAAUUGUACAAAAGAAAAUACGGAACCUAGCAACAUUAGUUGUGGUGUGUUUCUUUUAUACAAAAUUGUUUUAUCGCCAACCUUUGUGAGUAUUCCAUUUGCUGAUAUACAAGUAACAAAAAUAGUUCGGUAGGGAAGUACCUUUUGUUGAUGCAGAACGACAAACGACACAAAGGUCAGAGAGAAGUAAAGUGGGAAUGUUUUUUUAAAUGUUAAUGAUGUUGCAUUUACUUCGUGAACUAAACAUGAACUUGUUCCUGCAUGAAUGAUGGAACAAGGAAUAAUAGAGGGAAAUUCUUCCAAAUUCACAUAAUCAGAUUUUCCUUUCCGAGAUAAGUAGGCAUGCAGCGAAGCAACAUAAACUGGAUGACCUCUACAGCUAUCCCUUACAGCCCUGUAUACAGGCUCUGCAACUGGUCCGGUCUUUUGAAUGAAAUCUUGAUAUGAUUUCGGCAAGAUCUCAGGACGCAUUACAAACACAUACAUAACCUGAAAUAGUUUUCUUAGUAAUAACAUUACUAAAAGUAUUCCAAAAAGUAGGAUGUAUAUAAAAUUUAAGAUUUACAAGAAAACCAUAACCACUAGUAUUUCAAGAAGUCUCGGAAACCAUAAAGUAUUGCACUAAAAAGAUUCAAGUUGAAAACAUUAAUCACUAAUUUACUAGUCACACAAAAGGUAUAUUAUAUUUUAUACUCCCUCGAGAAUGAAUUAUAAGCAAAAUGGGUAUGGUAUGUGAAAGGUUGGUGUUUGUGGUUUAAAAUUAAGACCAGAUACAUCAACUUUUCAGAUACCUGUCUUGCUUAUAUUUCAUUCCAGAGGGAGUACUUUGCAAAGACUAUAUGAACAUUAGCAUAAUCGAAGAGCUGGCGAGAGACUCAUUUAUUGAAUCUCUGCACAGGGCUUGACGAUAACAAUUAAGAAACUUCAAACCAGGAAAAUCAAAAUCUACACCAGGUCAGUCUUAGAAUGGUUGACCAUCUCGUGGUGCUUUGGUAUAUUUAUUCUACAAGUUAUACAUUUUCAUUUAUUUUCACAAACUGGUUUAUUACAUAGCACAAGUGCACAAAGGAAGCCUGAAAAAUGCUAAUACAUUCCACAAAAUUUGACUCCAUGCUAGAUAUAAAGUUCAAAGAUCCUCAAAAUAGAGUUAAGAAAAACUAAAACCCUUUGUUUAAGAAAGAAUUUUGGGACAAGGAUAGAUAAUUCAUGUUAUAACUAGAUAAAAUUAUCUACUUUAUAAGUUGAAAGAGCACAAUUGAACAAAUUGGAUAUUUUUGUAGGUUUAAAAGAACAGAGGAGAAUUUAAUCUCAUAAAGAGUAUUUGUUAUACUCAAAUUCUUAUUACUUACUCCAAGGAGUACUUUUGUAUGAUUAAUAUACAUUACAUGAUUUACAAUUGUACUCAAAUAUAAUGUAAUAUGGGAAAACUAAUUUACAGCAAACCAAACUACACAUACCAACAGAAAAGUGCAUUGAGAAUUGAGAUGGGGAUGGGUACUAUAGUACCCUACCCAUCCCUAAUCAAGUGGUUCCAACCCCCUCCUCAUUGCAAUUGCGGGGAAUCAAAUCGCGAUCCUCCUUACCAAAUUGAGCGUCAAUCACCUGACGAUUGGUUGACUUGACAAACUUAAUCUAAAGUUACAAACUAGCCGUAGGUUAUCCUUUAGUUUUCAAGUUCUUUUAACAGAUCCGAGACACGUGGAAAACACAUUAUCCAAAGGUUGAAAUUAAAAAUUGAAAAAGCACCAGUCUCAACGACCCUCUCCUUUCUUCAUUCUUUCACAUUACCGCUUCUCCAUCUCUCCGUCGCCGAUUCCAUCUCUCCGUCGCCAUAGCUAGAGAAUUAAAACCCUAAAACAACAAACUCAGCAGCUACAUCAAACAAGUUGGAGAAUCGCACUUAAUUCAACUCGCCAGAAAUUGGUCUUCGGCGCCACAAAAAGUUUUUGGUGAACUUACCAAUUCAUAUUCAUGGCUAAUAAUCCAUCACAGCUUCUUCCAUCAGAACUGAUUGACCGCUGUAUAGGUUCAAAAAUAUGGGUGAUAAUGAAAGGUGACAAGGAGCUUGUUGGUACUCUUAGAGGCUUUGAUGUGUAUGUCAACAUGGUCCUUGAAGAUGUUACUGAAUAUGAGAUCACUGCUGAGGGGAGAAGGGUUACUAAGCUUGAUCAGAUUUUACUCAAUGGAAACAACAUUGCCAUUUUGGUCCCUGGUGGUUCACCUGAUCCAGAAUGAAUAAUGCUACUUGGUUACCUCUAUUUUUAACUAUUAGUUUUUGCACAAGGCACAUAUUUCCUAUAUUUAAAGAGGAUUCUGAGGCAAGCUAGGGUUCUUUCUUCCGAAAGCUUGUUUUAAGGAUACAUGAUGGUAGUAAUUAUUAAACCUUUAUCAUCAUGUUCAAUCAUGGAUUGUCAAGCAAUGGUAUUGAUUAUAACAAUUAACUGUGCACCUUCA